AUGGCGGGUGAGCCUGCUAUGGAGCUGCUUUUUCUGGAUACUUUCAAACAUCAAAACACCGAGCAGGGCAGUAAUGUGGAUGUAGUCCGAUUUCCCUGUGUUGUUUACAUCAAUGAGGUCCGUGUCAUCCCACCAGGAGUACGAGCACACAGUAACCUGCCAGACAGCAAGGCUUAUGGGGAGACCUCACCUCACACGUUUCAUCUGGACUUAUUCUUUAACAAUGUCACUAAGCCUAGUGCAACAGUGUUUGACAGGCUUGGGAGCUUGGAGUAUGAUGAGAACAAUUCUAUCAUCUUUCGUCCAAAUGCAAAGGUCAAUACAGAUGGGCUUGUGCUGAAGGGCUGGUACAGCUGUCUGACUCUGGCUGUCUAUGGAUCAGUAGACAGAGUGAUUGUUAGUCAUGAAAGAGAGUCACCUCCACCACCCCCACCUCCACCCCCACCACCCCAGCAUCAGCAGAUUGGGCUGAAAAGAAAUCCCAAACAUGUUGAAGAGGAGAAAGAAGAGCAAUUCAAUGGCAGUCCACCAAGACCUCAGCCAAGAGGGCCCAGAACUCCCCCGGGCCCUCCACCACCUGAUGAUGAUGAAGAGGAUGAGCCCAUGCAAGCCUCAGAUGGGAACAAAGAAGACGAUUCUGAGCAAAGAGAAGGAUAUUUUGAACCCAUAUCUCCUGAUCGAGCUUCUAUUCCCGCUGAUGAUAACUAUUCUGAUGACGAAGACGUUGAAGAUGAUCAUCAGGAUGAUGAUGGGGAUGAUGAUGAAGAUGAUGAGGAUGAAGACGACGAGGAAGAUGAAGACCUCAAUGCUGAGGAAGAUGAUGAUGAGGAAGAUAGGAUGACUGGUGACAGCAUUGCCGAUGACGAUGAGGAUGAAGAGGGAGAUGAAGAAGAUAUAGAAGGAGAUGAUGGCUAUGAACAAAUUUCAAGUGAUGAGGAUGGGAUUGCUGACUUUGAGCGUGAGGCAUUUAAGUACCCAAGUUUUGAUAUAGAAUACACACCAGAGGAUUUAGCUACGGUGCCAACAAUGGCCUAUGAUCCCUUUGACAGGGACCUGGGCCCCCUGAUGUACUUCAGCUGCCCUUACAAGACUGCAUAUGAGAAUGAAAUCUCUAAGCUAAAGGACCAGGAUCUUGACAAAGAAACCUCUGGGUCAACAGAAGCAUCUUUAAAGUUAACAGAGCUCCUAGACCUUUACCAAGAUGACAGAGGGGCUAAAUGGGUCACAGCCUUAGAGGAAGUACCCAGUUUAAUAGUGAAAGGCUUAAGUUUUUUGCAGAUUAAGGAACCAGGACGAGAUCAUCUAAGUCAUCUGGUUGACUGGGCCGCUCUAGCUUUGGAUUUGCAGUUGGCUCUCCAGCAACCUAUUGCUCUGAAUGUCAGACAGCUCAAAGCAGGUACAAAACUGGUCUCAUCUCUGGCAGAAUGUGGUACACAAGCAGUAGAAUGUCUUUUGAAAGCAGGUGUUAUUGGAAAGCUGUACAACUUGCUCUUUGCUGAGCAUGUAUCGUCCCCUCUGAAAUUAAAUGCUUUUAAGUCACUGGACAGCCUAAUUAGCACAACUGAAGGCAUGGAAGGAUUUUUAAAAAGCUUCUCUAUUGAUGGAAAAAGUGGCUACCAGAAACUAUUAGAAUUAAUAUUAUUGGAUCAGACUGUAAGAGUGUUCACUGCCUGUACUGCUAUUCUACAGAAAUGCCAUUUCUAUGAAAUCCUUUCUUAUGUAAAACGUUUUGGGGAGCAGUUGACUGAAAACACUCCAGCUCCACCUAAUCAUGGAAAUCCAGAGCAGAAUGCAGGGUCCGAAAGGCCAAGACGCGAAUAUGACAAUGAUGUGGAGAUGACCAUGGAUAUGGACCGUCUUCUAGAGGCUUCUAAUAUAAGUGAAGCAGAAUUGGAGAAGAUGCUUGGCCUGUUAAAUGAGAUCUUUCACCUUCUAGACACUGCACCUUACGCAAUGGUUCAACCUCCUGUGAAGUCCUUUCCAACUCUUGCACGAAUUACUGGACCUCCUGAAAGAGAUGAUCCAUACCCAGUGUUAUUCCG